AUGCAGUAUGGGUUAGACAGCUCAGGAAUUGGUGGCCUUCAAGCAAUGCCCGGAUUCUUGAAGGUAUUCGGAUUCAAGGAUCCUGGCAGCCCGAUGGGCUAUGGAAUUGAUAGCACUGUCCAGCAACUGAUAUCUUCCCUGCUCACCUUGGGCUCCUUUAGUUCGUCACUUUCAGCAGGGUUUGUUUCCCAUUUUCUCGGCCGGCGUUCUGCUCUGUGGAUUGCUUGUAUUCUCAAUGCUGCUGCAUGUGCUGUUCAAAUUGUCAGCACCACACCCAACGUCCUAUAUGUUGGACGACUUCUUAUAGGGCUUGCAAAUGGGUUCUUUAUUACAUUUUCGAAUAUUUACACCGCCGAGGUGGCCCCAGCACAUUUACGUGGCAUUACAGUUGCACUAUUCGCAUUCUGGGUCAACCUUGGUUCUAUUAUAGGGACCGUCGUGGACUACUAUACCAAAGAGCGGAUGGAUAAGUUAUCUUAUCAAAUUCCGUUGAUCUGUUUGUUUAUCGUCCCCACAUUUCUUUCGGUGGCGCUCUUCUUCGUUCCCGAGAGUCCUCGAUGGCUACUACAUCAUGGAAGGGAAGAACAGGCACAACGGUCCCUGGUACGACUAAGAGGAAACGAUGCAGACCAGACGAGCCUUGAGAUUGAGUGGGCUGAGAUGGUUAGAGGCGUGGGUGAAGAAAGGGAAGCAGCAAAGAGUGUUGGUUUCUUGGAUAUGUUCAGAGGAAUUGAUCGUCGCCGCACAAUCCUCUGCUAUUGCAUGAUGGCCUCCCAAGCCGCAUCUGGAAUUUGGGUUAUCAUUGGAUACAACACUUAUUACUACUCCGUCAUCGGAGUAACCAGAUCUUUCCAAUACUCUAUCAUGAAUACCUGCAUCGGCUUCCUUGGUGUCAUGGUUGGCAUGUUUUCCAUCUCGUGCCUUGUUGGCCGCCGCUCAAUCCUUAUAUUUGGCGCCUCAGCUUGUUGCCUAACCCAACUAGCUAGCGCUAUUAGCGCGACAGUCCGCCCAUCCUCACCGAAUCUCGUUGUCGCAUUCACUGCCAUUUAUAUGGUCUUCGUCAAUGGAUGCAUACAAGUGGCCAGUUACCUUGUUGCGACUGAGCUUGUUAGCUCAAGGCUAAGAGCGUGGUCAGUGGGCUCUGCAACAUCGCUAGGUAAUUUACUCGCAUGGUUGACUACCUUCUGUACGCCCUAUUUUAUCAACCCUACAGAGAUGAAUUGGGGAGCAAAAUAUAACUACAUCUGGGCCGGUUCUAGCUUUCUAUUGCUAGUCUUCUACUUCUUUUUCAUACCGGAAAUGAAAGGUCGCACUUUGGAGGAGAUCAACGAAAUUUUCAGCGCUAGAAUUCCUGCCCGGGACUUUUCUAAAUAUCAGUGUGCUAUACACGAGGAGAUUAUCAAUAAUGUGGUAACAGCUAAAGCCGGUGACAGGGAGGUGGUAGAGAUUGAGGAUAUUCAGGUAGUCCGAUCCCGCAGUUCUCACGUCUAG